AUGACAUACUUCGUGCCCAUCACCGACGGCUGUCCUCUGCGCCAGUCGACCCUGCAGAUGGACGUGGCAGGACAAGACAUAACCCUCUACCUCCUGCAGCUGCUGUCGAAGAAGGGGAACUUGUUGACUAGCCUAGGUGACCGCGAGUACAUCCGGGACCUGAAGGAGAGGUGCUGCUACGUGGCUCCGCACUUCGACGAGGAAAAGGUGGCUGUCCACUCGCAGAAGUAUAAGCUGCCCGACGGCCGGGAGAUUGAGCUGGGCGAGGAGAGGUUCUUCUGCCCGGAGGCUCUUUUCCAGACAGACCUCAUAGGGAGAAACAGCCUGGGCAUCCACACGACGGCCUUCCACAGCAUCAGCUCCUGCAGCCCCGACCUCUGGAAGGUCCUGUUCCGGCACGUGAUGCUCUCCGGGGGCACCGGCUCCUGCUCUGGCCUGCGGUCCCGCAUGCAGAAGGAACUGUCCGCCCUGGUGUCCCCGACAAUCAGCGUGCAGGUGGCCACCUGCCCGCAUUCCGUAUAUGGUGCCUGGGUGGGCGGCUCCAUCCUGUGCUCACUCUCGACCUUCAAGGACAUGUGGGUCACCAGUAACGACUACAAGGACGUCGGCUCCUCUGCCGUCAGUCGGAGGUGCUUCUGA